GAUAAAUAAAACGACCGCAUCACGUAUCGCCCCUCAUCUUAUUGAAUGACAGAAAUUCGAUUACUCCGUUCAAUCAAUCAUGUCUACAAGUAUCGAGAAAGGGAACCCAUGACUGGGUUGAAUGAUCGGAAAUUUUGAGGUUUGUGUUCCGUGCAUCUGUCUUGUUUUGAAGCUCGGCAUCUUUGGAACUGUGACGGGCCCUUGCAUUUGCAAGUACCAUGAGAGAGUACUAACGAUAACCCUAAUAAAUCUUGGAAGCCACCCUUCAUUGAACAAAGGGAAAAAAGUCUCGAGAAACUUCAACUUAAAUUUGUCUUAUUCUCGCUGCAUGACACAUUUUGAUGGUCACCAUCUUUAGUCACUCGUUACAAUAACCACCAUACUAUGAUUGGAUAGACAGAGGCGAGAGGUAUCAUACUGAGAGCGAGAGAAAGUGAGAGAAUGCUUGGGAUCUCGACACAGUUUAGGUGACCAUGGCUUCUUCUAUGGAUUCGAAUCAUCCGUUUAUCGAUACGAUGGGAAUUACUAGCGACGAGUAUGUGCGGGAGCAAGCGUUUGUGACUGAUGGAACGUUGACGGUAGGAAGAAAUGCUUCCUUGACCUUGGGAACGGACUCUCUGAUUGUGCUUGAUGAGGCUUUUGAAAAGGAAAGCGCAGCUUGUUGUGGAUUUUGGACUUUUGCUUCGAGUUCUGCGAAUACCAGACCAAUUCCUUUCUACAACGUCCUCUGGGCUGAGAUAUUAGACACGAAAGAGCUUGCGAUUCGAUAUGCUGCGCCGACAUCGAAAUCGAGAGUACAAGCCACAGAACUGAAGUAUGCGAUUGAAUCGCAUUCUACGGAAGAAGUCGAGAAAUGGAUUGGAAAAUUAUUAGAUCGAUCGUACGGCGAAUCACAACAAACAAAACGAGCAAAGGUCCUGGUGAAUCCUCAUAGCGGCAAGGGAAAUGCGCAGAAAUACUAUAAUCGGGAUGUGGAACCACUUUUGAAGGCAGCGAACUGUAGUAUUGACAUGGUAAAGACGCAAUUUCAGGGGAAUGCGGUUACGAUUGUCGAGGAUAUGGAUGUUGAAGCUUACGACAUGGUGGUUUGUUGUUCCGGAGAUGGAUUGGCGCAUGAAGUAUUUAACGGCCUGGGGAAGAGACACGAUGCGAAAAGAGCCCUAUCGAAGAUUGCAGUGACGCAUGUACCAUGCGGGAGUGGAAAUGCUAUGAGUAUGAAUUUGAACGGAACGGCCAGUGCAAGUUUGGCUACUUUGGCUAUUAUCAAGGGGAUUCCCACGCCGUUAGAUCUCAUGUCGGUCACACAAGGAGAAACACGAACAAUCAGUUUCCUAUCUCAAUCAGUGGGGAUCGUGGCCGAGGCUGAUUUAGCUACCGAACAUUUGAGAUGGAUGGGAAGUGCACGAUUCACAUAUGGAUUUCUAGAGAGACUUAUUGGGCAAGCAAUUUAUCCUUGUGAUAUUGCUAUUAAGGUUGCGAUAGAAGAUAAACCGAGCAUAAAAGAUUAUUAUAGAAAGGAGAUGAGCAAUCACGAACCGGCAAGCGAGAGGAGAGGAUACAAAUACCUUUUGGAUGACGAUGCUUCGGCUAGUAGUGGGACGGAAGAUGGGUUGCCUCCGCUGAGAUAUGGUACCGUGAGCGACAAAUUGCCGGAGGGCUGGGAAAUGGUUCCAUAUGAUAAGUUGGGCAACUUUUACUGUGGAAAUAUGGCAUAUAUGGCCUCAGAUGCCAAUUUCUUUUCCGCCGCUCUUCCAAGUGACGGUUACAUGGACCUCGUUUGCAUCAACGGCGAUAUAAGUCGUCUUUCAGCUAUUAAGAUGAUGUUGUCAUUGGAAAACGGAAAAUUGUUCGACAUUCCUGACGUAUGGUAUCGUAAAAUACUCGGAUAUAGAAUCAUUCCGAAACAGAAAGGCGAUGGGUAUAUAAGUAUUGAUGGGGAGAGGGUUCCUUUCCAACCAUUCCAGGUCGAGGUACAUAAGGGAUUGGGUACGGUACUCUCGAAAACGGGACAUAUGUAUGAGUCUCAUGAUUUUGUUUGAGUCUUUCUUGGCUCGGGGGUGAACUUCUUUUUCAUAUUUUCAUGAGGUUUUAUGUGUGCAUUGGAAGGGAAAGGGGCUCUCGGUAAGAUAAGUUCUGGGCAAGGCGUUUAAAUUUUCUUUCAGACAUUGUGGCACUUAUAGUCGACCUCAAAUGAUACCCAAAGAUGGUUUGAUUCGCAUCAGCGACUUGAUAUAUACAUAUAUAUAUAUUGUCAAAAUUAGAGAUCUUU